UGAACUACCUCUCAGAGCUUGUAUGUAUCCUGUUAUCAUAGUAGCAUUCUAGUGUCACUUCCUGUUGACUUUCUUAUACUUCAGAGAACGUUUUGUUUUUUUUACUUGUUUGAGCUCCAGCUGAAGACCUGCACCUAGAGACUCAGUGGCGGCACCAUGAAGGCCCUGUGGUGUGGAUGUGUGCUGGGGCUGCUCUGCAUACCUGUGUGUGAGGGAAUGGCAAACAGUGCAACAGCGGCACAGACCCCGGCCUCCAUCACAGAAUUAAGGCUGAACUCGUCUGUCAAGAUCACAUGCUCCAUCACAGCCGAGGGAGUUCUGACAGUGGGUCUAGAUCGGCGUUUUGAUCAUCAGAACGUAAUCUUCCUUGCUCUAGAAAAUGAUGCAAUCGGCAGGAAGACCAUCCUCAAAUACAAACAGCGCAUGGAGGUCGAGUUGGAUAAACCCAGUGCGAAAACCUUUAGGGUCAACUUCACCAUCUCCAGGCUGCAGGUGGACGACACGGACCUGUACUUCUGCAGCUGGAACUACUACGCAAGAACGCUUAACACAAUCACGACCAACGGCAGCAUCAUUAUAGUCAAUGAUCGUUUACGAGAAAAGCCUGAAAGUGGGUGCAGUGAUGGCUUUUUCAUAAAUGACAUCACACUUAUCGCCCUGAGUGUCGUGUCCAUCCCUUUUGUCAUCUGCUUCCUGAUUUUCACAGCACUCGUCUUGUGCAAAAGUUUUCAAAAGAAAUUCAUCCCAAGGAGACCUGCCAAUAAUCUGCCCCAAACCAGGCAUCAUCAUCACGUCUGCACACCUCCUCAGAAUCAUUCGUACUAUUACCUAAGUACAUCAGUGAGUUCUGGUUUUCAUCAGGUUUAGUCAUUCAGUGAGAUAAAAUUUUGGAAUCUGAAACCGUCAUUGUAUUAGGGCAUAUUGAGUACAGUCUGAAGUACAGUGUUGUGGAAAUACAGGCUAUGACUUGUUUACAGAAAUGUUCCACCUAACCACAUCCUGGAAGUGGGUCAUAGAGUCUGUACUUGAGAGACUUUUAAGAUUUAUUGUUAUUGACAAUAUGAAAUGAUCUGAACAUUUCUGCUUCUUACAUAGUUCUUUAAAAAUGUUUUUCUCAAUGUUGUGUUGUAUGAUCUUUUGAGGCAAGGCAAAUUUAUAUGCAUAGCACCAUUCGUACACAAAGUGAUUCAAAGUGCUUUACAGAAUAAGAAAUACAUUAAAAUCAUCAUAAAAACAAAUCAAAACAUAAAUAAUCAUAAAGAUUAACAUUAAAAAAGAGAGACAUAAAUUAGAGAGAAGAGUGUGGAAUGAAAACCUUUCAGUUAUAUGCACAGUUAAACAGAAAUGUUUUGAGCCUGGAUUUAAACAGCGUCAUGGAAGAGUCUGUCUCACAUGUUCAGGAAGACUUCCAGGUUUUAGCUGCAUGAACCUGAAACGACUCCCCUUGUUUAGUCCUGACUCUGGGCACCAGCAGGAGGCCGGUCCCUGAGCUCCUCAGAGUGUGAGAUGGUUCAUAUGGCACUAACAUGUCACAGAUGUACUUUGGUGCUCGGCCGUGGGGAGACUCGUACACAAGCAGAGCUGCUUUAAAGUCUAUUCUCUGAGCCACAGGAAGCCAGUGUAGAGACCUGAGCACAGGACUUAUGUGCUCGUACUUCCUAGUUCAAGUAAGUGUUCUGUGCACUGACUGAGUCAUCAUUCCUCCAUGGAGCUUUUUCCCUAUCUUUAACCAUUUUAACCUUUAUCGGGGUGAUGGCAUCCAGAACAUUCAAAACACUCAAAGUCACAGAGUUCAAUACAUCAUCAACAUUAGAACAUGAGGCAAAGUUUAUCGUUUCCAUGAACAGUGCAUCUUCAAACAACUGUAGGAGCAGCCGAUGGUUUGGGAAUAACAGACAGGUCAUAGAAGACACAGACAUGAUCAGACAGAGCAACAUCAACCACAUUGACAUUUGAAAUAUUUACACCCUUUGUAAUGAGCAGGUCCAGAGUGUGCCCUCUGUUGUGAGUGGGCUCACUGACAUGCUGAGUCAGACCAAAAGUUUCAAGGACAACACUAAGCUCUUUGGCAUUUUUGUCACACACAUUAUCCACAUGUACAUUAAAAUCAUCUGUAAUGACUAAACCAUCAAAGUCUGUGCAUACAACUGAAAGCAGGAACCAGGUAAGGACCAAGGAGGUGGAGUAGGGGGAGGUUUGGGUGAAAAAUUAGAGCUGAGAGAGUCUCUGGUGGUGAAACAGGCACAGUUUUGUAUGGGGGAGAGUUCAACAUAGUGGAUGUCAGAACCCUUGAUCGUGCUAUGUUAGGUGUGAGAGGAACCAUCUUGAUUCCCGAUCUGAUGAGGCUUUCUAGAUGGUUGGGAAGGGCCAUGGGUGAAAGUGGGGAGGAGAAGGAGAGUGAAGAGUUGAUGGAGUAGAUGUAGCAAAGGGGACUCCGGGCUGGUCUGUGGGCAGCGGAGGUGAUGGGUGUGCUGGUGGGUCUGAAUUAUAUUAAACUCAGUCUCUCUUACUUCAGUAGUUAGUAGUAGAUUUAGUAGUUUCCCCAAAUACUUUUUUUUUACCUGGAUUAGUUUAAUAUAGGACAUUUUUGGACACUCAGAGACACUUUACAGCAUUAUUCAGUCAGUGCAAUGCUUUGUGAAUAAAGGAAGAAAGACAUUUUUACAGUAAAUAUGAAAAUUAUGUCAUUUUGAAGGUCUGUAUGUAAAAUACACCGUGAUUCUUAUACAUUUGCAGUGUUGUAUAAAUGUAAAAAUGUCAAUAAAACUACUAAUCUUAAUUAA